AUGUCCGAACAGCAAGCCAUGAGUGAACUGUACAACAACUCUGUCCAUUUUCUUUCGACUGAUACAACACCCUACGGAGACGAACAUUUCCCUUUUUCUCCGUACUAUUCACCCAGCUACAGUAACUCGUUGUCUAGUUUCGCCUAUAGCAGCGGUUCGUCGUCGUCGUCGUCGUCAUACUCACCGCCAUCAUCUUCAGCAUCUGUUAUUUCAGAAGCUUCCUCUUCCCCUUCAUUUUUUACGGCAUCCUCCUCAACCGAAAGAUACUGCUAUACCAACAAAAACCACACUAACUCUCCUCUAAAGAUACCAGCAAAAAGCCACACACGUCAUGAUCAUCAACACCGUGCAACAAGAACCAUCUCCCAAAAUACUAACAGCAAACACAUACGUCACAAACGAGAACGCGAGAGUAGCACCACCACCACCGCGAGUGGUAGCAGUAGUGCCUCGUUGUUUGAUCCAAACAAGGGUGAUUAUUACGGUUUCAAGCUACCAACGCACUGGGUUAACACCGAAACACUCUACAAAUUCGAUCGCGAUUACCGAAGUGUUCUGCAUCGUCAAGCGCGCAAGUGGAAUCAGCUGCUGGCAGACUGUGGUGGCGAGUUACCACCUUUGGGAUCAAAAUUAAAACGUUAUGCACGAAAAGGCAUUCCUCGAGAUUUGCGCGGAAGGGCAUGGAUGCACUACAGCGGCGCCAAAACCAAGAUGGAUUCAAAACCCACGGAAUAUAAAUCCCUAUUGGAAAAAGCAAUAGAAAUGGGCAAGUCAAACCCGUAUGCUGAAAUCAUUUAUCGAGAUCUGCAUCGCACGUUCCCGGAUAAUUCUCACUUUUCAUGCGCUGUGCCACAACCCGAUGGAUCAGUUUUGAUGAUCCCAGAAUCUAAUCCUCGGUUAUGUGCAUUACAACGCGUUCUGCUCGCCUUUAGUGUUCAUUCGCCAAACAUCGGCUAUUGCCAGUCACUCAACUUUUUGGCCGGAUUCUUUCUUUUGUUCGUCGACAACGAGGAGGAAGCAUUCUGGAUCCUUGAAACGACGGUCAACGAUUAUUAUCCCGAGCAAAUGUUUGAUGAUUCUAUGGAUGGAUCUACUAUUGAUCAGACGGUAUUGAUGCAGCUUGUAUACGAAAAAAUGCCUGCUAUCUGGAAUAAGCUUGGCAACAAACGAUGCUUCUGGGAAUGCGUGCAAGAUUUACCGCCCAUCACUUUAGUGACAAACCAUUGGUUUUUGACUCUUUUUAUUAACAUAUUGCCUGUCGAAACAGUUGCCCGCGUUUGGGAUUGUGUAUUUGUUGAAGGAUACAAAGUCCUGUUCCGGGUAGCGUUGGCCAUAGUUAAGCUAAGCGAGCCAUCAAUAUGUGCACUCGAGGACCCUAUCGAUGCACUUCAGCUCCUCCAGAACAUACCAAAGCGCUUAAUAGAUUGUCAUGAAUUCAUGCAGUAUGUUUUUGAACGAGAUAGCAUCUCGUCUGAUUUGACUUAUAAAGACAUCGAAAGCCGAAGAGCCAUGUUCCGUAAUCGUCGUCCGCAGCGAGGACCAUUCAUCACAAAAUCAUCAUUAUCAACAAUCCCACCACCUUCUUCAUCAGCAGGGCUGAAUCAUACUUGGGAGCAUGAUGAUGUUGUAGAGCAAAUUUAUUUGUAG